AUGAGAUUUCCUACGGAGAUUUAUGAUUGUAUCGCGGCUCACGUCGAGAGUGCCAGUAACAUCAGAUACAUCGGAUACCUAGAUUGGACCCAUGAUGCUCAGCACUACAGCAUUUGGAAUGAUGAAAGUCGAGCAAAAUUGGCUACUCUUCGUUUAGUCAACAAAAGCUUUUGUUACAGCGCCUCAGUGCGCUUAUUCCGACAUUUGGAUGCUACUUUUGGGUUGAACACAAAGAUUCCACCACUCGUGUGUCUCCAUAAGAUCUCCCAAAGCCCAAAUGCUAUGCAUGUACGUCAUAUCGAUCUUGGAUAUCUCCCGGAGAUUCGCACAUCCACCGCAGAGAUGAAAGUAUUUUCGAAUCUAAGGGCCAUUUCCUUCGGGGGACCUCCAGCAUCGCUCCAUGAGGAGCACAGAAAGAUCCAUAUGAACACAGUCAUCACGGCGUUGCUCUACGCGCCACUUUCAAAUCUGGUCGAACUGGAACUCUUCUUCCCUAUUGCCAAUGAUUUUGGAAAGCUCUUCCCUGCCGAAACUAGCUCGCUACGCACACCAAUUGAGAGCAUUCUUAGGCGGCUUCGGUAUUUAGGACUCUAUGUUCGUGAUUAUACAGGAACUCAGGACCAGCGAUAUGAUAAGCAGUCGGUUUUACCAGAACACGCUGCUCUUCCAAAUAACGCCCAUUCGUCUCAUCUUUUCAAAAUGGUCAAACUUGCCACCAAUCUUGAAUCUCUCGCAAUAGCCAGCUCAGAUUGUUUGAUAUUGGACGACCCCGAACUGCUACCCCAGAAGCGUCUAAGGUGUCUCAAGCUGAAAAGUCUGUCUAUCUCAUCUGAUGGGCUGCUUGCUCUCGUGUUUCAAUCAAGGGAAACAAUGAGGUAUAUCAGUCUCUUUCAAGUACAGUUGAGCUCCGGGACAUGGCAACAUGUAUUAUCUGAACUAUACCAUCUGCCACAUCUCCUCCAAUUUUCUAUCAAGUCUUGUGGCUAUUCAUUCACGGGAACCAGCUCUCAUUUAGCUUCCGAAAUUCCACCAAUAGACUUUCCUGAAGCCAUCGAGACCGACAACUCCCUCGACAAAUCUGCACUUAAGACUUUGCGGUACCAGGUCAAUUUGAACAAGAUUGCUGCAGGGUUUAGCACAUUCUUUGAUUAUUAG